UUCCAUAGAAAAACAACAACUCCGGAAUCUUGAUGGGGUUGAAAAAGUGCAGGCACCUACCAUUUGACAAGCACUGUGAUCCAUAUCCGAAGGUGGAGGUGGAGGUGGAGGGGCGCCUUUUGAGUUUUGGCCAUGAAGAUCAUUGUCGUGGCAUGCUGCCGAGUUGCCAACUGCCAAACAAUUCCUCAAUCUUCGCCCUGUUUGAUUGGUGGGCUGGAGCUUCAAAUCAACGAGAGAGUUCAGACUUGUUGGUAGAGUUGGGAAAAUCAUAUAUAAUAUGGUAUAGAAAAUGAUCUUCAUGUACGGUGAUGCAUGCCAGCGUGGGCGUGGCUGUGGGUUCCAAAUGAGAUAGAGAGAGAGAGCGCAUCGUUUGACUGUUUGAGCCGCUUCACAUAUUUUACGCGCCGUUUCCCCCAUAAAAUAAUCAGAUUUCUCACUAGCGAUAAUAAAAAAUUCACAUUGGCAAUACAGCAGACACAGAAAGGGCCAGAGGCUCAGCGAGGGGAGGGACUUCUGUCUUCUGUGCACCGACUAGAGAUAGAGACAGAGAGGGGUUGGCCUGUUGGCCUGUUGGUGUUGGUGUUGGGUGGCUUCCUUCUUCCUUUACGUGCCUGGACAAUUCUGAACGGCGUUUGUUCCUCAGGGUAACAGAGGCUGAAGAGGGGUAAGUGCUUGUGUUGAGAAUCGAAUCGAAGUAAUUGGAUCUCUUGAAGAAGUAUUUCUUUUGAUCUGAGCUGCGCUUCUCAUUGCCAAGUUACGGAUUUUAGGGUUUAGGAUCUUUGGGCUUCCAUUUUGGUGGAAGAAAAUGCCUGAUUGCAUGGGAGAUUUCGGGUGUCAUAACAUGUGAAUUAGGGUUUAGAUUUGGGUGUUCAAUUUAUCAAAACUAUCAUUGUAACUGGGAGCUCAGAUUGUAUUUGGUUUCUGAAACAAUGAGCGGAGAUGGAGGAGGGGUUUCUGAAUCUGGAGCUGGAGAAUUAGGGUCCUCAUUGUCCAGAAAUGACGUUUACCAGGAAGAUGACAGUUGUUCUAAGGCAGUUUCACCUUUGGGGGCACCUAGGUCGAGGAACACUAGCCCUUCUGGCAGAGCUGGAUCGAGGAAUACAAGCCCUUCUAGGCAGAAGGUGGUCAAGACCAAGCCACGCGGCUUCGACGAAGAAACUGCUGCCACAUUUGCUAAACCUGUCCAUCCUGAUGUUCAGAUGGAAGACAAUAUAUGGGCAAUGUUACCGGAAGACCUGCUCAAUGAAAUUCUAGCUAGGGUUCCCCCAUUCAUGAUCUUCCGACUCCGGUCCGUGUGUAAACGGUGGAAUUCGAUUCUCCAAGAUAGUAGCUUUCUUAAGUUCCAUUCAGAAGUGCCAUCGCAUGGGCCCUGUCUUCUCACAUUCUGGAACAACUCGCAGAUCCCUCAGUGCUCCGUCUUCAGCUUGCCGUUGAAAACAUGGUAUAAAAUCCCAUUGACAUUCUUACCACAGUGGGCAUUCUGGCUAGUUGGUUCUUCUGGGGGUCUUGUUUGCUUCUCCGGAUUAGAUGGGUUAACUUUUAAGACAUUGGUCUGCAACCCCCUCACCCAAGCUUGGAGGACGUUGCCCAGUAUGCAUUAUAACCAGCAAAGGCAAAUGAUCAUGGUUGCCAACCGGACAGAUAGAUCGUUCAAAGUGAUUGCCACAAGUGAUAUUUAUGGUGACAAGACACUACCCACUGAGGUCUAUGAUUCCAAGCUUAACACUUGGUCAGUUCAUCAGAUAAUGCCUGCCGUUAAUCUUUGCUCCUCUAAGAUGGCGUUCUGUGACUCAAGGCUUUACCUGGAGACCCUUUCUCCACUUGGUUUGAUGAUGUAUCGCCUAGACACAGGGUGCUGGGAACAUAUACCAGCUAAGUUCCCUCGUUCCUUGUUGGAUGGAUAUUUGGUAGCUGGCACACAAAAGCGAUUGUUUCUGGUUGGAAGGAUAGGACUUUAUAGUACUCUACAGAGUAUGAGAAUUUGGGAGUUGGAUCAUACGAAGAUUAUGUGGGUGGAGAUAAGUAGGAUGCCCCCAAAGUAUUUUAGGGCACUUUUGAGAUUAUCAGCGGAGAGGUUCGAAUGCUUUGGACAGGAUAAUUUGAUCUGUUUUACAUCAUGGAAUCAAGGGAAAGGUCUUCUUUAUGAUGUAGAUAAGAAAGUAUGGUCUUGGAUUGCUGGUUGUGCUCUUCAGUCCUACAACAGCCAGGUCUGUUUCUAUGAGCCAAGAUUUGAUGCUUCCAUCCACUGAGAAGGGCAGUGCACUUUGUGGCAAUGCCUUCCAAUUGUUGGAGAGAGUUUCAUGGUUUAUCAUCAUUUGCUUCACCUUUUUUUCCUCAAUCUCUGCCCCCUCCCUGUCUCUGCACAUUUAUCCAUCCAUCCAUGAGUUAGAUUUCCGUUUUUCUUACUUAACUGGCUGCAAAAUGGUAUCCAGUUGCCUUUCUAUCUUAGCAUAUUGUUUUCAUCAUCCUAAGAGAGCACCACAUUCAGGAAUUUAGCAUCAACUGCUCCAUCUUAGAGAAACAAGUCUUAACUCCAUGGUUUGCUUUUAAAUUACCAAUGAAAUUGGGAUAAAGGCUUGGUCGUUGACAUGACUUCAUUGCUUCACUAGUUAGAUUCUUGGUCAAGGAGUAAACAUGUCAGAUGAAGGCAUCAUGGAUAGGGAGGUCCAGAAAUGAAUACAAGAAAGUUUUGGAUUUUCUAAAAUUCAUAUAUACUGUCUAAAAAUAUUCAACACAUGUAAGUGGCUCUUUCUAGAGUCUGGUACUUCCCUUUGUUAUCAAUUUGUUGCUGC